AUGUUACUAGCUAGGAAGCCAAACAAUGACAAAUUAAUUAGAGUUGAAAUUUUUGAACACUAAAGAAUAAUCCAUGUGGUAGUUUUUUUUUUUACACUUGAAAAGCUCUACAAUCUAAAAAAUGAUGAACAACAGAAUGUCUUGGAUUUGGAUGAUACUUCUCUUCCUUGGUUUGGUAUUUUAUAACCUUUCAACUUCACAAGCUAGGCAUAUUUCCAGUCAUCAUCCAACUGCUGUUGUUGUAGGAACAGUUUUCUGUGAUGUUUGUCACCAGCAGGAGUAUCUGUCAAAGGCCAGUCACUUCAUUUCAGGAGCUAUUGUUGCAGUAGAAUGUGCCAACUCAGGCAAAAACUCAAGAUUUUACCAAGAAGUGAAGACCAAUGUGCAUGGAGAAUUCAGUGUACACCUUCCUUUCAAAGUGGACAAAUAUGUCAAACAUGUUAUAGGAUGUUCAGCCAGGCUAAUAAGCAGCAGUGAGCCACAUUGCGCUGAGGCAUCGACAGCAGCAGCUUCAUCUUCUUUCCAACUCAAAUCGAGGAAAAAGGGAACACAUAUUUUCUCUGCUGGAUUCUUAACUUUCAAACCUGUUAAACAACCAAAACUUUGCAACCAAAACCCAAGCAUUCAUAGUACCAACAACAAAGAAGCAUAUCCUGAUCACAAGUCAUUAACUUCAACUCCUAAUGAUCCCAUAUUAACUCCAUCAGUGUCGCGUUUUAUUACCACUAAUCAAGGCUUUCUUCCACCUCUUCCAGGACUUCCUCCUUUACCGCAGCUCCCUCCUUUACCACAACUCCCUCCUCUGCCACCUCUUAUAGGAUUUCCACCGUUUUUCCGUGCACCUCCAAUGUCUCCACCUUCAACAUUCCCACCAUUUUUUCAUUCACCUCUAAUGUCUCCGCCUUCAAUACUUCCUCCAAUUAUCCCACCACCUACAUUUGAUUUAAUUCCAUUACCACCACCACCACCUUCCCACUUUCCUCUCCCUCCGUUCCCAUUCCAUCCUAUGCCUGGCUUCCCUGGAGUUCCUCCCGCUUCUACUUCAUCUCCAGAUAAGAAGCACUCCCCUUAGUCCAAAUGCAACUAUACGCUUACCUACGAAAUUCUAGUAGUUAGACAUCAAACACUAUAUAUGAAUAGCUCUCCAAUAAAUUCUUUCCCUUUGAUUCAAGACAGAAGAAAAAACAAAAGUGGGAAGAUAUAUUGAAGACUUGGUGAUAAUGAAAUACAAGACUACACCUACUUAUAAUUAACUAAUAAGGGACUGUAUUCAUACUAGCAGUUUAACAUGAAGCUAGCAUUCUGACCAAGACCUUUUUCUUGUUUAUUGAUUAGAAGCAUAGGGGAGGUAACAUGGGAGAUCAAAGUGACUGUAUAAUUAUUUAUAAUGUUUCAAUAUAAGCCCACUAUUAAUAGGUGA